AAACAAUCACUACUUAUAUAGAAAACAUAAUAAAACUAAUAAAUAAUAUUAGACUUGCUUUGCAGUCUAUCAAUGAAUAUACUCAUUAAUCUUACUAUUGCAUUCACACAUUGGAAAUAACGCAUUUCAUCAAACAUUCACUAUGCAAUUAUGACCGUCCAAUUCAAUUCGUCUUUAUAGUAUUCAUGUAAAAAACAACCUAUAGCUAGGUAUGAAAGUAUAUACAUAGAAAAAGCCACGCCAUCCUUUGCUUUAAGAUUUAAUUUUGUUUUUUGAGUUUCUCUUCAUUAUGGACCCUUUCGAAGGAAGAAUGGCUUUUCUGCAGCUUUUAAAUAAGCUAAGUGCUUCCCAGUUGUCCCAGCUGAAACCUGCUCAAUUUGCUUUGAAAAAUAGAGAACUUGAGGAAGAUUUAUACUCUUGUAUAUGGGAAGAGUUGGAAUCGGGAUCAUUUAAUACCAGGGUGAAUAUCAUUUACUUCGUGGAUACUUUGUGUGAAUUAAGUUUAAAAAAUGGAAUCAAUAGUGGUUAUAUUACUAUGAUUACUCGUGAUAUUUUAAAACUGGUAGAGUAUGUGGUUCCAAUUGGAACAGCAGGAGCAGCCAAUGCUCCUGAAGUAAGAAAGGUGCUCCACUCACUGCGCCUGAAGAACAUAAUAGAUGAUGUUCGGCUUCAAGAAGCGAUGAACUUGGUAGACACUCACGAGCAAGCAAGCAAAGCAGGUGAAGAUCAAGGGACCACGUCAAUUUCUAGAGCCGAUAUAUUAAAGCGAUUAGAAGAAGAUAGAGAGCGACAUAAGCUCAUGCGCGAAAAUAUAUGGGCAAUACCGAAACCAGAAUUAGAACACGAGAUUGCUUGGAAUACUAUAGAACCAAUCACAGAAUGUGAUUUGGAGGCAUUGAACGACGAUUUUGAAAAGUUUAAUGAAUGCAUUCGUGAAUCUCUUUGUUAA